AUGACAAAAAAAAAGUAUGCGUUACUAGAGAUUGAGAAGCUGUUGAGGCGUAACGGUACGUCUCUACCAAGAUUAACGAAGAACCCAAAACUGCCAAAGACAAGUACUCAGGAUUUUAAUGUCUUGAUAGUAGAUGAGCGCAGCUAUGAUCGAAAAACAUUGUUAGAGACUCUUGAUAGAGAUGUUCCGAAAAUGACAGAGGAGCAAAAGGAAAUUUAUGAUCAGAUUCUUGCUGCUGUGAAUCAAGGAAAUGGUGGAAUGUUUUUUGUUUAUGGAUUUGGUGGAACUGGAAAAACUUUUCUCUGGAAGUUACUUUCUGCAGCUAUUAGAUGCCAAGGAGAUAUUGUUCUAAACGUUGCAUCAAGUGGCAUUGCUUCUUUGUUACUACCAGGAGGUAGGACUGCUCAUUCAAGAUUUGGUAUCCCAUUAAAUCCAGACGAGUUUUCAUCAUGUACUAUGCAGCCUGGAACUGAUCAAGCAGAUUUAGUCAAAGAAUCAUCACUCAUUAUAUGGGACGAAGCGCCAAUGAUGGGCAAACAUUGUUUUGAAGCUUUGGAUAGGAGCUUAUCUGAUAUAGUUGGGAAGCAUGCGAACCAGCCGUUUGGUGGAAAAGUUAUUGUCUUUGGGGGUGACUUUAGGCAGGUUCUUCCUGUUAUAAAUGGAGCUGGUAGGGCUGAGAUCGUUUUGGCUUCUCUGAAUUCGUCAUAUCUUUGGGAGCACUGCAAAGUUCUGAAGCUCACCAAGAACAUGCGUUUGUUAUCGGAUGGUUUGUCACCAGAAGAGGCUGCCGAUCUUAGGGAUUUUUCUGAUUGGAUAUUAAAAAUUGGGGAUGGUAAACUUGCAGAGCGUAAUGAUGGUGAAACCGAGAUCGAAAUUCCAUCAGAGUUUCUUAUAACAGACUCCAAAAAUUCUAUAGAAGCAAUCAGCACAGCCAUUUAUGGUGAUUCUGCUUCUCUACAUGAAAAGAAAGAGGCCAAGUUUUUUCAAGAGAGAGCUAUCCUAUGUCCGACUAAUGAAGAUGUCAAUAUGAUUAAUGACUACAUGCUAGAUAUGCUGGAUGUCAACAAUGAAGCACUAGGACCUGAUUUUCUUAACACUAUUAAGGUGGCUGGUUUGCCUAACCAUAGUCUUAGACUGAAGAUUGGUUGUCCUGUCAUGGUUCUGCAAAAUAUUGAGCCUUCUGCUGGGUUAAUGAACGGCACGAGACUACAGAUCACUCAACUAAUGGACUUUAUGGUUCAAGCUAGGAUAACAACUGGAGAAAAGGUUGGAAAAUUAGUAGAUAUUCCUAGAUUGUUGAUAACACCAUCAGAUACUCGACUGCCUUUUAAGAUGCGCAGGAGGCAAUUGCCAUUGGCAGUGGCGUUUGCUAUUACAAUAAACAAAAGCCAAGGGCAAUCCCUAUCCGAAGUUGGUAUCUUUCUACCAAGACCUGUUUUUUCACACGGACAACUCUACGUGGCUGUGUCUAAGGUGACUUCUAAAAAAGGUUUGAAGAUUCUAGCUGUUGACAAAGAUGGUAAACCUCAAAAGAAAACUACAAAUGUUGUAUUCAAAGAGGUUUUUGCUAAUCUGGAAGAAUAUGCUUGACAAGGUAAAUAUUUUUAUUUACUUAUAAUCUUUCUAUUUUGAGCUAAACAUACACAGAUAAGUUAUUUUUUUACUUAUUUUUGCCAAUGCAGGUUUAAGAUGCAGGUUUAAGAUGUCUACAAACAAGACAGGUGUAGUUUCUGUAUUUGCUAUUCAUUGUCAAAACUAAGCCAUUUUUCUUCUUAUUGUCUGGUUUUUUUUAGCUCAAAGAAUGAGUUUUAUUUGUACUAUUAUUUUAAACGUUGUUAUUCUUAUUAAGUAAGUUGGUCAUAACACAAUCAUCCAAACAACAUGCAAUUUAUCAAGCGGUGAGAUCAAGUUAAAAGAAAACAAAUAACUAUAACUGUUGACAAAUCACAAGAACAAUACUACAUGUCCUACAUUAAUUUAAUCUUAUGAUCAUUCUAUAACUUAAUGUGUCUAAUAGCUUAACUUCAGCAACAAUUUACUAACCUUUUGGUUUUUGACCCGCUCUGUUGUCAGCUUCAUUGUGCACUUUGAGAAUCAAAAAACUGAAUUCUAUUACCUGCAUACGAUAUAUUAUGUUCAAGUAAAUAAAAAAAUCUCAAUGAAGACGUUUAUUUUACUAAUAUCAAUCAUCUUAUCAUCUUUACAAGUUUCUAUAAAACAUUCAAGCAAUCUAAACAAUCUCUAAGUACUUUACAACUCACAGGUAUUUUGAGUAUGAAUAAUAAAGAACUUAUCUUUUUUUCUUUCAUGUCGGCUUCCCCUUUGUUGUUUACGGAUCUGCUCUUCUCUCGAUCUCGAUCACAAUUAAAACUCAACUCUUAUCACGAAACAUCACCACAGCCGCAUCCGACGUUUCUUCAAUUGAUGUAUUGAAUGUUCACUUUUGCUUCGUCUAUGUCUCGAUUUUGUACUCAAACAAGAAAACUAUGAACAUGAGACACAAAAGGCAAUUCGUUAAUCUCAAACAGAGUAUAACGAAUUGAUCUUUAAAAAACGUAUACAGAGAAAUUGGUACCUUGAUACUGUCAAUUAAUCCAUUCAUUACAUCUUCUAAUUCAAAAUCCCAUUGAAACCGUCUGAGAUUCUCCUGUUGAACUCGCCGAAUAUCUCCCUCUGUUUGGCUUCUCUUUCAGUGUGAUAGUUUUUUUUUGGGUCGUCUAACUGGUUUUUUUCCUGCGUAAAGUUGUUAGAUAUCUAAUUGGGCUUUUGUUAUUAAACUUUUUCUCUUAAAUGUUUAUCAUCAGCAAUUUAAAAACCCAUUUAAUAAUAAUAUAUAUUGCUUUAACUAUAUAUUAUCUAAGUUAGGUUCUAACUAUGUACAUAUUUUAAAAAAAAAUUGGAAUUCGAUUUUAUUGAUAUACAUAAAUUCCGUCAAACUAUAUUUGAUCUAUAACUAAAUAAUGUUAAUAACCAAAUAUGUACUUAUGCAUUUAUAAAUAUUAAAACAUAAUAUUUUACCUCAUGCAAGUGAAUGAGUAUAAAAAUUUAUCAAAUAUUUUUUUAUUGACUAUAAAAUUAACAAACUACCACAGACAAACUAUAUGAUUAACAAAAA